AUAUUGGUUAUGGGUCGCAGGUCGCCCAUGUGGACUGACCCGGCCCGGUUUUUUAUUCUGAAGUGAUAAGAUGAAAAUUAACUUCCCUUGAGAAGUUACCAACACAGUAAAAAGUCCUUGAGAAGUUACCAACAAAGAAAAGAAACGUGAUAGUGGGAUAAGAUUAUGGGAAUGUGCUGGUGUUGGUUUCUUUCACUUUAUCAACCGUAAAAACAUAACCUCCUCUUCUAUAUAUGAAAAAUACUCCAGCAUUCUCCAUAGAUACACAGAAAAGUAUAACACACAGUAAAGAAAAGAGAGAAGUGAAAGACAUCUAGUUCGUGAAAAAGUACUCCGUUUCCAAGUGAGACGAAGUCAGAUUUGGGGCAAUUUUUGUGGUGAUCUUGUGCAAAACUUCCGCUGCUAACAGGUACAUCAUCUUUGUUCUUGUUUCAAGAUAUGAAAACCUUCAAUGACAUGGCUGGACAGGGACAAGCUCGAAGUACUCCAAGUGGGAGUUCCCGAAAUCGAGCAAGGAGACAAUAUAGAAGAGUACGUCGUCGUGGGACACAUUUCCAUGGACGUGAAGUCAUAAGGAAUAAUGUUCCGAGGGUGACACAAAAUCUACUAAGGGAUCAAAGGGCUAUACGAAGGGAAGGAGAGAAGAAAUUCAAAGAGUUUAAAGCUUUUAAGAUGUCUCCUAAUACUUCAGUGCCUGAACAUAUUGAACUUUUUCUGUUGAAACGAGAAGAACUGGCUAAUUUUAUUGAAAUCUCGGAUUGGGAAGCUUUAGCAAUUUUAGUAGAUUCCCUCCGAGAGCCUUGGAGUGGAAUUUUAGUUAAUAUUUAUCACGAUUUCUUUUUAAGUCAACCUUUUGAGGUGUAUGUUCAAGAACUUGAAGUCGAGUGGGAGAUUAUGAACUUGUAAUUUGAAUUGUGAAUUUCUUUU